ACGACUUGCUGUUGGGAGAGACCUCCGGCGAGUCCGAAACGCGCACGAUGAGCUGCUCCAGCGCCAUCCCCAUGUCCGAAAAUGGAGGGUGUGGUGUGCUAAUGAGUAUGUGAGACCUCCCGUGCAACCUUGCUUAUCACCGAGAUGGCCGGUGCUGUUGUGGUGGGUGAGAUUUGCACAUGAAGUGGCAACCGCGUCAAUACAAAUCCCAAAUGAUGUUGCCAUAUGUGUGUUGAAACACCAAACUCUGCAAACUUUGCUUGUUGUAAAGAGGAGUGACGGUCAUGAUCUUCUCGUUCUACAUCUACACUCGCAGCGGGUCGUGUCUGUACCAGGAGAAGUGGAAUGUCCCCAAUGGCAAAAGCGUAACGUAUUCAGAUCCGGAGGAGGAGAAGCGUCUGCUUUUCGGCUUGCUCUUCUCGCUCAAGGAAUUCGUGGGGAAGAUCGCGCCUACGACGGCGACGCAGACGAGUGCGGAUCCGUUCGGGACGGCAGAACCUGCUGCUUCUGGCGCUGGCACGGCACCCGAGGGGAUGCAGCGAUACCAAACCAACUCGUACACGUGUCACCAGUACGAGACACCCAGUGGUCUGCGCUUCGUGAUGAUGACAGACAACCAGGCGGGUGACAUGACUCCCACGCUCAAGUACAUCUACUCACAGAUCUACGUGGAGACAGUGGUGAGCAAUCCGCUAAGCGACACCAAGAGCGGCAAGCCGAUUACUAGUCAGCUCUUCCGUUCGCAACUAACGCAGUACCUCGAGGGUCAGCCGUGCUUCAGAUAAAACAGCGUUGACUACUGAUCCAUGCGUACAAACAUGAAAAAUAAAAUGCGUGUUAAGAGGGUUUUCGACGCGAGGUUUCAUGUUAUGGCUCAUGCAGCAGGGAAGAAACCCUGGAGGAUGUGAACUACUUCAGCUGCGGUGGGACGGAGAGCUGGCUCAUGGUGCCAGCAUCGCUGGAUGAGGUCACGGAGUGGCUGAAUAGAGGAAGGGGUUUAGUGUAGGUCAGGAUGAUAAUUUCUCGAAUGUGUGUUGUUCACUUACCAGCGGUGUCAUGGGAGAGAUUAUGGGUCGUCUUCGCUCUUGGACGACAGCAAUUGGGAUUUGGGCAGGAGCCAGGUCCCUGAAAGGUGCAGCCCCUUCACAGAUUUCCCACAAAAUGAUGCCAAAGCUGUAUACGUCCGCUGACAAUGAGUACUUCUGGCUGGUAAGGACUUCCCUGUUGAAGCAAACACCUCCGUUAUCAAAACGUCGCUCUCCAAUUGUCACGAUAUCUAUUUCACGUACGGAGCCAUCCAUUGAAACGUGCCACAACAUCCUGUCAUUAGCUCCGAUUGAUCGUUUGAGCGCGAUAUUCCGAAAUCUGUACUUGCAUGAGUAGUGAACUGAGAUUACAUAGUGC